UUAUAACAGCUAAUUAAAGUGCAUUCGGUACUGUUGUGAUGUGCAAACGAAAUUGGAAUUCGCUUUCACAGCCACAGCUGGAAGCGAAUACCUACUUAAUUUAUACCAAAUUGCACAUGCAAGGUCGAGUAGCGAACAAGGACUAAUUGAAACAAAUGCUAAGCGGACAGUUUAAGUUCUCAUCGACGCCGGCCCAGAACUAGUUAGAAUGCAGUAUUAUCUAGAUCCAUCGCCGGAAUAAACUGUGUUUGCAGCAGGAAAAAUUUGGUUAUUAAGAAAAAUAAUCUCCGAAUUGUAUCAGCUCAGUGGCAUGGUGUUGAGAAUGGUCAAAUUUACUUGUGGUGGAAUAUUGGUGCUGGCAGCAGCUCUGCCAUGCUUAGCAGUUUUAAAAUCUCAUAUGUGUUCAGUGGAUUUUGACAAAGGCACCGGAAUCGGUUUAUUGAAAGAAACCUUCACCAAGAAGAUGUAUUGUGCGUACCUGGGAAUACCAUACGUUCAGCCACCCGUUGGAGAGCUGAGGUUUGAGGAUCCUGUUCCCUUCAUCUUUGCCGGUACCGGUCAUUUUAACAAACCAGGCGCCCAAUGUCUUCAGGAUGACGACAAAUGUAACGAGCUGGCUUGUUCGGAAGACUGCUUGUAUUUGAACGUCUACACGCCCAAAAUCAAAAGGAGCCACAAAUCGCUACUCACGAUGCCGGUGCUGGUGUGGAUUCAUGGCGGAAGCUUCGUAGAAGGUUCUUCUGAGACAGAUAUUUUCGGUUCGGAUUUUUUCCUUGAUGAGAAUUUGAUAGUGGUGACCAUCAAUUAUCGGCUCGGUCCGUAUGGAUUUUUGGGGAUAGAAGACCUGAACAUCCCGGCGAAUCUCGGGCUGAAAGAUCAAACGGAAGCCCUCCGGUGGGUUCAGCGAAAUAUCGGCAGCUUUGGCGGUGACCCGGCUCGGGUGACUCUCAUGGGUUGGAGCGCCGGGGCAGCAUCCGCCACCUAUCAUCUGUACUCGCCGGCAUCGAAAGGAUUGUUCCAGCGCGCCAUUGCCAUGUCUGGUACCAUGUCACAGCCUUGGGCGUACAAUUUCCUUAACCAAUGGUGCUCUAACGAGUUUCUUCACCGAGUCGAUGCCACGACUAAGGAAGAGCUCAAAGCGCGGGCUGCAAAAUUUAUAGCGCCAAAUAUCGUGUUUCGAUACUUUACAUUCGACUAUUUGUGUUGGAUGCCAAGUGGGGACACAAUCUAUGCGCCCCGGCAUCCUUUCGAAAUUGUGCAAACGAUGGCCCCCAUCAGCGAUGUGCCACUUUUGGUCGGCGAAACGGCCCUUGAGCUGGAAAAUCUAUACAACGAGCGCGAAUUUGUCAUGGGUCGAUUCAAUUAUCCAAACGACAACGUUACCAUCUACGAGCGUGUGAAAGGUUACAUUGAACAGACUGGCUCAAAUCGGUCAGCCAAAGUGUUCUAUCGAAAGUUGGCGUCCAUGGCUGACAUCAAAUUCGGUGUACAUUAUUUUGUCGAGCAGGCUUCAAACCACUUCAAAGCACCCAUCUACCGGUAUCGGUUUUCGUUCGAUGGGCCGUUUGGAUAUGCCAAGAAUGUCCUCUACCGGACGGGAUAUCCAGUGUUAUCGGGAGCAAUGCAUGGAGACGACCUGGGAUACUUAUUCACGCCGUACAAUUAUGCAGGCAUCGUUGCGCCUUCCUCCAAUGUCGAGAACAAAACUCGGGAACUGCUGGCCAAGAAAGCGUUACGCAUCCAACGCCGGAUGGUUCGCUUGUGGACCAACUUCAUCAAACAUGGUAAUCCGACACACAACACCGUCAACUGGCGAAACAAUCAAACAAUCGUGUGGCAUCCAUAUAAUGAUCCAUCCGGUGCAAAACGUAGAAUUCUUCACAUCGACCAGCAAAUCCGGGAACAGACGGACCGAACCGAGGAAAAUUUUUACUAUCAGUUGUGGAACACGGUUUUCAACUGUCUGUAUUAUUUCCAGUGUCAGUUUUUGGAAAACCUAACGGAAUACUAUUAGGAUAACUAAUCAUACCUGUGUUAUUUAUUAAAGGAAAAUUGUAUGUGAUAUUUAAUGUCAAUGGAACUAGAUUCCAUAUGGUUGCAACUUUCUGCUUGGAGUAAAUAAAAUUU